CUGGCGCGCGGACGGCGGGGGCCAUGGCGGCCGAGGCGGCGGAGCGGCACCUGGGGCUGCUGCGGGACGAGCGGGAGGCCGAGCUGGCCCAGAGCAGGGCAUGGCAGGAGAGCGUCUCCCUGAAGGAAUUGCAGCGGAGAGGCGUCUGCUUGCUCAAGCUCCAGGUCAGCAGCCAGAGAACCGGCCUCUACGGGCGUCUCCUUGUGACAUUCCAGCCCAGGAAGUGGGAUUCGGACACCGAGCUGCCCUCCAACAGCUUUGGGCCCGGGGACAUCGUGGGGCUCUACGAGUCGGCUGGGCAGGGGGACCCGCUGUGCACGGGGGUGGUGACACGUGUCACCCCCAAGGCAGUGACGGUGGCCCUGGAGGAGCCCCGGGAUGGGGAGCUGGCCGUGGACCACGAGCGCUCCUUCCGCCUGCUCAAGCUGGCCAACGAUGUCACCUACAACAGGCUCAAAAGAGCUCUAACUGCACUCAAGCAGUACCGGGGUGGCCCAGCCUCCGACCUGAUCGACGUCCUCUUCUUUGCCUCUGCUCCCAGGGCAUUCCCUGAAACAAAGCCUCUGGAGUUCUUCAAUGCCUCCCUGGAUGAGUCUCAGAGGGAAGCUGUGUCCUUCUCCCUGGCUCAGAGGGAGCUCGCCAUCAUCCACGGGCCUCCAGGCACAGGGAAAACCACGACCCUGGUGGAGAUCAUCCUGCAGGCUGUGCAGCAGGGCCUGAAGGUGCUGUGCUGUGCCCCGUCCAACGUGGCCGUGGAUAACCUGGUGGAGCGGCUGGCCGGCUGCAGGGCGCGGCUGCUGCGGCUGGGCCACCCCGCCCGCCUGCUGCAGCCCAUCCAGCAGCACUCCCUGGACGCCGUGCUGGCCCGCGGGGACAGCGCCCACCUCGUGGCUGACAUCAGGAGGGACAUCGACCAGGCCUGGGCAAAAACCAAAAAGGCCCAAGACAAGGGAGAGCGAAGCCAUUUUCUGGGUGAGAUCAAGACCCUGAGGAAGGAGCUGAAGGAGAGAGAAGAGGCUGCCAUGGCUGCAGCCCUCAGCCAGGCCAGCGUUGUCCUUGCCACCAACACAGGUGCUUCCUCAGAUGGCCCCCUGAAGCUGCUGCCUGAAACCCACUUUGACCUGGUGGUAAUUGAUGAGUGUGCCCAGGCUCUGGAAGCCAGCUGCUGGAUCCCUCUGCUGAAGGCUCCCAAGUGCAUCCUGGCUGGGGAUCACAAGCAACUGCCUCCCACCAUCAUCUCCCACAGGGCCGCGGCCGAGGGGCUGUCCCUGAGCCUGAUGGAGCGGCUGGCGGGGCACUACGGGGAGCGGGCGGUGCGGAUGCUGACGGUGCAGUACCGCAUGCACCGGCACAUCAUGGAAUGGGCGUCCUCGGAGCUCUACGGCGGCCGGCUCAGCGCACACCCCUCCGUGGCACAGCACCUGCUCAGGGACCUGCCAGGUGUCUCUGACACGGAAGAGACCAGCAUUCCCUUGUUGCUCAUUGACACCGCUGGCUGUGGCCUGUUUGAGCUGGAAGUGGAGGAUGAACAGUCCAAGGGCAAUCCAGGGGAGGUCCAGCUGGUGGGGAUGCACAUCCAGGCCUUGGUGGACGCUGGUGUGAAGGCCAAGGACAUUGCUGUGGUGGCCCCCUACAACCUCCAGGUGGACAUGCUCCGACAACACCUUUGCCACAGGCACCCCGAGCUGGAAAUUAAAUCAGUGGAUGGUUUCCAAGGAAGGGAGAAGGAGGCAGUGAUCCUGUCCUUUGUCAGAUCCAACAGGAAAGGUGAGGUGGGCUUCCUGGCCGAGGAGCGGCGGAUCAACGUGGCGGUGACGCGGGCGCGGCGCCAGGUGGCCGUGGUGUGUGACAGCCGCACCGUGGGCAGCCGCCCCUUCCUGCGGCGCCUGCUGGACCACCUGUCCCAGCACGGCCUCGUGCGCUCCGCCUUCGAGUACCUGGAUGACCUCGUGCCCCAAAACUACCCUGGGGAGGGCUGGGCCCAGCGCCAGCAGGGCCCCAAACCACCGGGCCCCAAAGCGCAGCCGGCUCCGGCUGGGAAGCUCAAGGCAGCGGCAGCCGGAGCGGGGAGCCAGAAACCAGGAGCACGGAGCUCCCCGAGCGCUGCCGCAGCCGGGAGAGACGGCUCAGGGUCAAAGGAGGGUGGGGACAGGUUCAGGGCCAUGCUGGUGGCCUUCCUGGCGAGCAGUGAGGCGCAGCUGGAUUUCCCGACAUCCCUAAAUUCCCACGAGCGGAUGCUGGUCCAUGUGCUGGCAGAGGAGUAUGGGCUGCAGCACAUGAGCUCCGGGGAGGGCCGGGACAGGUACAUCAGUGUCCGCAAGAGACUCCCCAAGCAGCCCCCGCUGCCCUCUGAGCCCUCUGAGCCCCUGCUGCCCUCCGAGCCCUCUGAGCCCCUGCUGCCCUCCGAGCCCCUUCCCGAACCCCAGCAUCCCAGUGGGAACACCCCUGACCCUGUGGAACGGGGGGAAAGCAGCGAGGGCUCGGGGAAAGUGGACCUGAAAUCCCUGCACCUGGAGAGAGUCCAGAGGGAGAAAGCCAGGCAGGAGGAGGCGGCCAGGAAGGUGCAGGAGCCCAGGAGUGGCAGAAGGAAAAAGGACAAGAGCGAAGCCAAAGGAAAACCGGCAAUCAGGAGCACGUCCGGAGAGGAUUUCGAUGCUCUGAUCUCUGCUGCUAUCAAAGCUGACAGGACCUGUGGCUUCCCCCACUGCAAGGCCUCUGUCACCACCCUGGGCCAGCUCUGCCACCACUGCCAGCGGCUCUUCUGCCUCAGCCACCACAUCCCCGAGGUCCAUGGCUGUGGGGAGAAGGCCAAGGCACAGGCACGGCAGCGGAUCAGCCGGGAGGGGAUCCUGUACCCCGGGAGCGGCUCCAAGGACAAAUCCCUGGAUCCCGCCAGGCGAGCCCAUCUCCAGCGACGCCUGGACCAGAAGCUCAGCGAGCUGACGAGCCAGAGGAAGGGCAAAAAGAAAGACAAGGAGAAAUGAGGGACUUGAAUUCUGCUUUUUUAACCUCAAAGCCUCAGCCCCCCCAGGGCAAAGCUGCUGUGCUGGGCCUGGGUGGAAUAGGUGGGAAAACCU